CAGCUGUCGUAGUACUAGUGGUUGAAAGACUUGAGGUUGCGCUUAGGCAAUGAUGAAACUAAGAUGGCGUUUAAACCCAGACAGGAUGAACGGGGGAUAGCGAAAUUGGUCACAAAUUGAUUUGAUGGGGACGUAAUUCUCACAGAGAUACUCGUUUACAAGCAAACGAGUCUUCAAAUUGGAUCAUCUCUACUCUUAUAAUAAAACAGAAGUGGGUCUAUAGGGGAAGCGACGCUGAAAACGGCCAACUUUACGUGAGCUAACUGGACCUUGCUUGCUAGCUAAUAACGUUAGCUCGUAACAUUACUAGCUACAGUAGCUAGCUAGCGAACCAGCGACAGCUAGCUAGCUAACGUUAGCCAGCUGAGCAAAACAACAACACUGUCAACAGAGGGAGGAGGGUAGUCUCAGGAUAAAUAAUUGUCUACAUGAUUGUCCUGAGUAUUUUGAUUAAAAAUCAAACAAUUAAUAUCUGUCUUGGGACAGGUACGAAACAGAGAAGGAACCAAUAUUUCCAGUGAAACUUCCACGCCAAUUCGCAGUGCCACCCGAGACCGGAGGUGCUGCCUGGGAUGGGCUGAAAAGUGGAGGCCGUAACGUUAGCUUCAGCCUCCCCAAUCGUGACCCAGUGCUGAACAAUAGACCCUGUGAGCUUUCAAGACACCUAAACGGCCCAUCAUAUUAUUGGUGACAUCUGAGUCCAUAAUUUCCUUUUUGAUCACGUUGAACGUGUCAGGAAGAGUUGCUGUCCAAGUACCAGCUAUCUAACAUGAUGGCGAUGGAGGGGGAAGACUUUGUGCCUCCUCCGGAGUGCCCAGUGUUCGAGCCAUCAUGGGAGGAGUUUCAGGAUCCCCUGGGCUACAUUGCCAAGAUCCGUCCAAUUGCAGAGAAGUCUGGAAUCUGCAAGAUUCGUCCUCCUGCUGACUGGCAGCCACCCUUUGCUGUGGAGGUGGAUAGCUUCCACUUCACACCCCGUAUACAAAGACUCAAUGAGCUGGAGGCGGAGACACGAGUCAAGCUGAACUACUUGGACCGGAUCGCCAAGUUCUGGGAGAUCCAGGGAUCCUCCCUCAAGAUCCCAAACAUCGAGAGGCGCAUCCUGGACCUCUUCAGCCUGUCCAAGGUUGUGAUAGAUGAGGGAGGGUUUGAUAUAGUCAGUAAGGAGAGGCGCUGGGCUCGCGUGGCCCAGAAGCUUGGCUACCCUCCAGGCAAGAACAUUGGCUCCCUCCUGCGCUCACACUACGAGAGGAUUGUCUACCCCUUUGAGGUGUUCCAAGCUGGGGCCAGCCUGCCGCAGACUAAGCCAAAGCUAUAUGAUGGAGAGGAGGUGCAUAGAGAAUACAAGCCCCAUUCCAUCCCCCUACGCCAGUCUGUCCAGCCAUCCAAGACAAGCAGCUACGGACGCCGAGCCAAUCGUCUCCAGCCAGACCCUGAUCCCACGGAGGAGGACAUAGAGAAGAACCCAGAGCUGAAGAAACUGCAGAUUUACGGUGCGGGGCCUAAGAUGAUGGGGCUAGGACUGGUGCCCAGGAAUAAGAGCAUUCCCAAGAAAGAAGAGCUGCCUCAGACUGUGACUGUCCGGGCUGCAGCUGCUGUCCAGGUCAAGGAGCAGCCAGGGGAGGUCAAAGAGAAAGGAGGAGAUGGCAGCACAACCACCACGGCUCCUCCUCCCUCUGAUGCUACGAUAAAGAGUGAGAUGAAGAAAGAGGAAGAGAAAAAUGAGGAAGGUGGAGAAGCUCAUGACAACGGGGACCAAGACAAUGGUGAAAAGGGUGACGGGCCCUGCACCAAGAUGACCAUGCGGCUGAGACGUAACCUCGGCAACCCUCCGUUUGUGGAUUCGUUUGUGUGUCGGAUGUGUGGCCGUGGUGACGAGGAUGAGAAGCUCCUGCUGUGUGACGGUUGUGACGACAACUACCACACCUUCUGUCUGCUGCCUCCUCUCACUGAGGCCCCCAAGGGCAACUGGCGCUGCCCCAAAUGUGUGGCCGAGGAGUGUAAGAGGCCAGCGGAGGCCUUUGGUUUUGAGCAGGCUACUAGAGAGUACACCCUGCAGAGUUUUGGAGAGAUGGCCGACACCUUCAAAGCAGACUACUUCAACAUGCCUGUCCAUAUGGUUCCUACAGAGCUGGUGGAGAGAGAGUUCUGGCGGUUGGUCAGUAGUAUAGAGGAAGACGUGACAGUGGAGUAUGGAGCAGACAUCCACUCUAAAGAUUUUGGUAGUGGGUUCCCCAUGAACAACGGCACGAAGAACCUCACACAAGAGGAAGCGGACUAUGCCCGCAGCGGCUGGAACCUGAACGUGAUGCCAGUGCUGGAACAGUCCCUGCUGUGCCACAUCAACGCAGACAUCUCUGGCAUGAAGGUGCCCUGGCUCUACGUGGGCAUGGUCUUCUCAGCUUUCUGCUGGCACAUCGAAGACCACUGGAGCUACUCCAUCAACUACCUGCACUGGGGUGAGCCUAAGACGUGGUACGGGGUUCCCUCUGUAGCAGCAGAGCAGUUAGAGGAGGUAAUGAAGAAGCUGACCCCAGAGCUGUUUGAGUUCCAGCCUGACCUCCUCCACCAGCUGGUCACUAUUAUGAACCCCAACAUCCUCAUGGCCCACGGGGUCCCGGUUGUGCGCACCAACCAGUGUGCUGGCGAGUUUGUCAUCACUUUCCCCAGAGCUUACCACAGCGGCUUCAAUCAGGGAUACAACUUUGCUGAAGCUGUCAACUUUUGCACUGCAGACUGGCUCCCCGCAGGGCGCUCCUGUAUCGAGCACUACCGUCGUCUGCGGCGGUACUGUGUGUUCUCCCACGAAGAGCUGACCUGUAAGAUGGCCGCAUGCCCAGAGAAGCUGGACCUCAACCUGGCCGCCGCCACACACCGAGAGAUGUUCAGCAUCGUCCAGGAGGAGAGGGAGCUACGCAAGAGCCUGCUGGAGAGGGGCAUCACAGAGGCUGAGAGGGAGGCGUUUGAGCUGCUACCUGAUGAUGAGAGGCAGUGUGAUAAUUGCAAGACCACCUGCUUCCUGUCGGCCCUGGCCUGUUCAAACUGCCCUGAACGCCUCGUCUGUCUCUACCACACUCAGGACCUCUGUAACUGCCCAACAGACAAACUCUACCUCAGGUACAGGUACACUCUGGAUGAGCUGCUGGCCAUGUUACACCGGCUCAAAGUGCGAGCCGAGUCGUUUGAUUCCUGGGCCAACAGAGUGAAAGAGGCUCUGGAGCAGGAAGAGGGCAACAAGAUAGGCAUCACGGAUCUGGAGGUGCUGAAGGCAGAGGCAGCAGAGAAGAAGUUUCCUGACAACGAGCUGCUCCAGAGACUCAACACUGUCAUCACUGACACGCAGCACUGUCAGCAGACCAGCACUGAGCUCCUCAACAAGACACAGACCAGGAGGAUGACCCUGGCUGAACUCAAGGCUCUAGUGGAGAAGAUGGAGAACCUGCCCUGUGUGAUAAGCCAGCUGGAGGACGUACAGGCGGUCCUGCGUACGAUAGAGGCGUUCCAGACUCAGGCCCAGGCUCUAGUGAGCGACAGGGACUGGCGGCGAGACUCCCCUCCCCCAGAGCAGCUCCAGGCCCUGUUGGAGCAGGGGGCUGGCCUACUUGUUGAUGCACCAGAGUGUGAGCUCCUCAAGGGGAUGCAGGAGCAGGGCCGCUGGCUGGGCGAGGUGCGGCGGACCCUGGGGCCCGAGGGGAGUGAGGUGACCCUGGUGGUCCUCAGGAACCUGAUGGAGGCGGGCUGCAUCGUGCCCCAGAGCGUCUCUGUGGAAACGGCCAUGGCAGAGCUGCAGGAGUUGCUGACGAUAGCAGAACGCUGGGAGGAGAAGGCCCAGAUCUGUUUGGAGCAACGGCAGAAGCACCCUCUGUCCACCCUGGAGGCCAUAGUGAACGAGGCCCAGCUCAUCCCAGUCAAGCUGCCCAACAUCCUGUCUCUCCAAGGCUGUCUGAGCCGGGCCAGGGCCUGGGUCACUGACCUGGAGGAGAUCCAGAAUGGGGAGCACUACCCAUGUCUGGAUGACCUGGAGGGCCUGGUGGCGAUAGGUAGAGACCUGCCAGUCAGGAUGGAGGAGCUGAGGCAGCUGGAGCUGCAGGUAGCCAGCGCCCACUCCUGGAGAGACAAGGCCUCCAAGACCUUCCUGAAGAAGAGCAGCCAGCACAGCCUGCUACAGGUGUUGUGUCCAUGUGUGGAGAUGCGCAAAGAGAGGGGAGAGGAGACAGAUUGUUUAGAUGACACCGAUACAAACACUCUGGGCCUCUCUGCGCAGGACCUGAGAGACCCUGGAGCCAUUGUGACGGCGUUUAAAGAGGGAGAGCACCAGGAGAAAGAGGCUCUGCUGAGGCUCCAGAAGGUCAACCUGUCUAAACCAGGUGUGGAGAAGACAGCAGAGAAAGAGGUAAAGACAGAGCAGGAGGACAAGGAGAACGGAGGUGGGAGGUGGGGGGAGGACCUCAUGGAGCUAGGCACACCCCUCCACUCUGAGAACGGGGACAGUAACCACACGAUGACAGGCGGUGCCUCUCCUCCUCAGUCAGUGUGUGUGUGUGGCCGGGCGCCUCGCCCCCCUCUGCUGCGUUGCCACCUGUGUAAAGACUGGUUCCACGGUGGGUGUGUCCCGUUCCCCUCCCUCCUGCUCCCCUCCUCAGCGCCCCCUACCAACCCCCUCUGCUGGUGGGACUGGGACUCACGCUUCCUGUGCCCGCGGUGCCAGCGCUCGCGGCGCCCGCGUCUGGAGACCAUCCUGGCCUUGCUGGUGGCGCUCCAGAGGCUCCCCGUCCGUCUGCCAGAGGGAGAGGCCCUGCAGUGUCUCACAGAGAGGGCCAUCACCUGGCAGGGGCGCGCCAAGGAGGCACUGGACACCCCAGAGAUAAAGGGGGCACUAGAGAGGCUGCAGGAGCUCAAACAGAGCCAGCCUCACAGGGAGGGAGAGGAGGAGGAGCAGGAGGAAGAGGAUGGGAAGAAAGGGAACUCUGAGUCGGUGAUAGUGCUGUCAGAUUCAGAGGGAGUGAUAGACCUCACAGAGGAGAACUCUCCCAAGAAAACCCUGAAGAAAGAGAUGAACGGCGGCAGGCAGGCUGGAUGUGAAAACGGCGUAAGCAAGAAAGUAAUGUCUCACCACAAUGUAACAGGUGUGGGCUCUCUGCUGCCGCUGGUCCCGUCACUAAAAGGCCCAGUGAUAGAGCUGUCUCCGGCCACCAGGACCCAGCUAGAGGAGUUACAGCUGGAGGGAGACCUGCUGGAGGUGUCUCUGGACCAGACCAGCACCAUCCACAGGGUCCUCCAGGCUGCUUCAGAGCCACAGAGACACACACUCCGAACACUCAUACUGAUUGAGCUCCAGGAGCAGAAGGGAGCGGGCCGUGGGGGGCGGGCCAAAGACUCCAAGAGGAAGAGGAAGAGCCAGAGGGUCGACACAGAGGCGGAGGGAGUACCCCGGUCCCAGGACACUUCAGAGUCCAAGAAGAACCGGCCCCUCAACCACACUCCCUCCCACAUACCCAUCCAGACGCACCCUGAGAUCUUGUGAGAUGGUUAUGGAUGCAACACUGGAGAAAGGAAUGGUCAAACGUUUGGAGAUAAAUAGAAUGGACAGAUCAUUCUGGGCUGGAAGACAGCGUCAAACUGUGGAAGGAAAGAUGCAGGCCAUCCCCCUGUAUACAGCUCCCCUGUCUAUCCACUGUAUACAGCUCCCCUGUCUAUCCCCCUGGAUACAGCUCCCCUGUCUAUCCCCCUGGAUACAGCUCCCCUGUCUAUCCCCCUGGAUACAGCUCCCCCGUCUACCCCCCUGGAUACAGCUCCCCCGUCUAUCCCCCUGGAUACAGCUCCCCCGUCUAUCCCCCUGGAUACAGCUCCCCCGUCAAUCCCCCUGGAUACAGCUCCCC